AUGAGUCAAACAGCGAGGCAACCAACAAAUAGUGGUUUAACAACAACGACUGCCUAUUAUCAACCAGCAGCGUUAAAAGCAUUACAUACAUCUACAGCAACAUCAAAUUCACCAUCACUUAAAGCGUUAUCGUUAGAGUAUCAGAAAUUAUUAAAAGAACCGGUUGAAGGUUUUACAGUAAGGUUGGAUGAUGAUACAAAUUUAUACAAAUGGCAUGUAGGAAUAUUUGGUCCACCGGACACCUUGUAUGCUGGUGGCUAUUUCAAAGCUGAUAUGGAAUUUCCAAGUACCUAUCCAUUUGCUCCUCCAAAAGUUCGAUUUUUAACAAAAAUGUGGCAUCCGAAUAUUUACGAAAAUGGUGAAGUGUGUAUUUCAAUUUUGCAUCCACCUACAGAAGAUCCACAAUCUGGUGAACAUCCGAGUGAACGCUGGAAUCCAACACAAAAUGUUCGUACAAUAUUAAUGUCCAUAAUCAGUUUACUGAAUGAACCCAAUUGUUCAUCUCCUGCUAAUGUUGAUGCAAGAAAAUUUAAAGAUCAUAAAGAUUAUGAAUAUGAAAAUAUUAUUAAGAAACAAGUGAAUGAUUCAAAAGUUAUUGCCGAACAAGAAGGUAUUGUUAUACCAAAAACAUUAGACGAUUAUGUGGCACCAUCAAGAUCAAAUAAGAAAACAUUGACAGGAGGAAUUAGUCGAGACGAUGAGGAUGAAACAGAUUCGAUGUUGGGCAGUGAAAAUGGAAAUAAUUUGUCAGACAAUGACGAUGAUGAAGAAUAUAUGGAAGACGAAGAAGAUGAAGGACGAUAG